UUAACACAGACCACUGGAGCGCGACGGUAGAAAUUGAAGGCCAACCAAUGACAUGCAAAUUAGACACGGGGGCAAACUGCUGCGUCAUUUCAAGGAGGGACGUCGCAAAGCUACCGGAUCUACCAGAGCAAGCUUGCCGGGUUGCGCUAACAGCAUUUUUCGGCCACAAGUCAACCGCCCAAGCAAAAGUGCGCCUGCGGCUUUCAGCCAAUGAGAGGGUGGUCCCCGAAACAUUUUACAUCAUAGAGCAAAAUGUACCAGUGACUCUGAGCGGUUCAGUGGCCCAACGCCUUGGAUUUAUCUGCCGGGUACAGCACAUCGAGGUCGAUGAACUUUACCCGCCCGCACAACCUUUUGCAGAAGUAUUCUCGGGACUAGGUGAGCUCAAGGGCUACGAGUACGAAAUAAAACUCAAGCCUGGCGCCGUGGGUGUCAUCGUACCGGCUCGGAGAAUCCCCGUGGCCCUGGAAGGCAAGACUAGAGCGGAACUUCAGCGUAUGGAAGAUCAAGGCGUCAUAACAAAGGUAACUGAGCCUACAGAAUGGUCCAGCCACAUGGUUACCGUUGUUAAAGGAGACAAAGUUCGAAUUUGCCUGGAUCCAACGGCGCUCAAUCAAGCCAUACUCCGUGAAAACUAUCCCAUGCCAACGUUAGAGGAUGUCGCUCCUAGGCUUGCCGGAGCAAAAUUCUUUUCCACGCUUGAUGCAGCUUCAGGGUUUUGGCAAAUUCGGCUUAGUGAGUCGAGCUCCAAACUUUGCACCAUGAGCACUCCGUAUGGUCGCUAUCGGUUUCUUCGCAUGCCGUUUGGAAUAGCUUCGGCCCCAGAAGUUUUCCAAGCAGCAAUGCACCGUGUUUUAGAAGGCUUGUCCUGUGUGGCGGUUGUGAUGGAUGACGUAUUAGUAUGGGGCAGAACUAAAGACGAACACGACUACAGCUUAAAACUUGUGUUGUCCCGUUGUCAACAGCACAACCUUCGACUUAACCCAAAGAAGAGUGCGUUUCUGCAGCCGGAGGUCCGGUACCUGGGACACAUCCUCACUACAGAAGGCCUACGCUUGGAUCCGGAGAGGGUACAAGACAUACUUGGAAUGCCUGAACCAUCGAACAAGAAAGAACUGCAAGUAUUUCUUGGUACGAUGAAUUUCGUGCAGCGAUUCAUUCCCAACAUGUCGGUAGUAACCGCGCCGCUUCGAACACUGUUGCGUAAAGAUAUUGCAUGGGUUUGGACGGAGGCGCAACAAAAGAGUUUUGACACCUUGCGCCAAUCCUUGACUAAAGCACCCGUUUUGGCUUUCUUCAACCCUAAAAAGCCUUUCGUUCUCUCGGUCGACGCAAGCCAAUUAGGAGUCGGCGCAGUUCUAAUGCAAGACGGCCGCCCCAUCGCUUUUUCGUCCCGGUCCCUCACAGAGGCGCAGCAAAACUAUGCACAAAUCGAGAAGGAAAUGCUGGCGAUAGUGCAUGGUUGCACGAAGUUUCACGACUACGUUUUUGGUCGGGCAGAAGUGAUUGUAGAGACCGACCACAGGCCUUUGGUACCGAUACUUAGCAAGCCGCUGCAUCAGUGCCCCCUCCGGUUGCAACGCAUGAGGCUGACCUUGCAGCGCUAUCCGAUCAAACUGGUGUAUAAGCCAGGCAAAGAACUUUUUCUUGCGGAUGCUUUAUCGCGUUUUCCGAGCAAAGUGAGCAUGUGCGAGGAAACUGAUCAGUUUCAAGUCAAUGUGCUGGAAUUUGUUUCAGCCUCAGAAGCGCGUCUAAAAAGUAUUCUCGCAGCAACAAACAACGAUACCGUUCUCUCCCAGCUGCGGGAAUAUGCGCUGACCAGUUGGCCUGACAACAAGCACGAGGUUCCAGAAGUAAUCCGCCCCUACUGGCCUUAUCAGGAGGAGAUACACGCACAGGAUGGUCUUCUAUUUCGCAGCAACAAGGUGAUCAUACCAAGUUCGAUAAAAGCAGAAAUAUUGGCUCUUUUGCACGUUGCACACCCCGGUGCCGAUAAGAUGAAGGCACGGGCACGAAGCGUCAUGUUCUGGCCCUGCAUGGCAAGCGACAUAGAGCAAUUUUGCCGAAACUGCAAAGUGUGCCAGAAGCAUCAGCCACGAAACGCAAAGAUGCCGCUUUUGAGCCAUGAAGUUCCAAACUUGCCCUGGGAAGCUGUAGGAAUGGACCUAUUCUUUUACGGGGGCCGACAGUUUGCCAUUAUUGUCGACUUCUAUUCCUUCUUUUUUGAAAUAAAGGAAUUUCGCCACACCACUGCUAACCAGCUGAAGUCUUGGUGCGCCGAACUUUUUUCGGUUCAUGGAUUACCGCUUAAGCUGUGCAGCGAUAACGGGCCGCCAUUCAACAGCACAGAAUUCAAAGACUUUUUAUAUGGGCUCGGCAUUAACCACGUAACGUCAAGCCCAUAUCAUCCACGGUCCAAUGGUAUGACGGAGAGGGCCGUGCAAGAAGCCAAAAAACUACUAAAGAAGUGUUCUCUUAGAACGCCAGAUUUCCACAUGGCUCUGCUUGAAUGGCGUAAUACUCCACGCGAUGCUGUUUUGAAGUCCCCUGUGCAGAGACUGAUGGGAAGGCAGACGAGGACCCUGCUGCCUGUACCCGCAAGCCACCUGGUGCCGGAGAUUGUGCCCAACCGAGCCGUCCAUAACCGUCUCCAGGAAAUCCGCCAACGCCAGAGGAUCUACUACAACCGCCACUCCAGGAACCUGCCACCCCUGUCUCCUGGCCAGAGAGUGACUGCAUACGAUACCCAUGAGAAGACCUGGGCACCUGCGGUCUUUCUGAGGCCAGCUGAGACGCCGCGCUCCGUGGUGCUGAAGACUGAAGAGGGCCACGAAAUUAGGCGCACUCGUGAACAUCUGCGAGACGCGCCUUCACAUCCCGAAGAGAAUCCUUGUGCUGGGUCCGAACGACUAGACGACGCCCAGCCCGCCCAAGAGCUACGUAGAAGCACAAGGCCACGCCGGGAGCCUUGCCGCUACCCCCAACCAGAAAGACCAUUGUAAUUAUUUGCUUCCCUAAGAAAGGGAAGAUGUAGCAUGGCUGAGUCACUCUGACGUCAACAGCCAUUUUGUUAAAAUCACGUGACCUGUUACGUCACAAUUCUUUCCUAUAUGUACUUCGUUCCAACCGCAAUAAACGUUGUUCGUCACCCGACU